AUGGUUGGAAGUGUGAUUCGAUUUUGGGGUCUGUGGAAUACGCGUGGGCUGGGCCAGGUAUACUGUCAUUCCAUAAAACCUCCAAGCUCUGCCCUUCGUACCUCUCACUUUCACCACACUGCUUCCUCCAAAUUUCUCGCGCCACCCGCAUCCCUAUCCUUCUCCGGAAACAAAUGUCUUUUGCCACCUCCUGCGCACAUAAUUGGUUACAUUCUCUUUUUUGUUUCAAUGGAAAGAUCAUCUCUCAUUCCGGGGUUUCGGUUUCAUCCUACUGAUCAUGAGUUGGUAAUGUACUAUUUGAAGAGGAAGUUAUUGGGGAAGAGAAUCAUUGUCAAUGCUGUUGCUGAGGUCAAUAUUUAUGAGUUUAGUCCCUGGGAUCUUCCAGAUAAAUCCUCAUUAAAAAGUGGAGACUUGGAGUGGUUCUUUUUUUGCCCGAAAUCAAAAAAAUAUUCAAGUGGGGCCCGAUCAAACCGGGCAACUGAAUCUGGGUUCUGGAAAGCCACUGGGAAAGACAGGAAGGUUGAAUACAAAGGAAGAAUUGUAGCAAGAAUCAAGACUCUGGUUUUUCAUCUAAAAACUGCAUCAGAUGGCCAAAGAACAAACUGGGUCAUGCAUGAAUACAAUAUGGAAGAUCAAAAGUUAGCUGAUGAAGGCGUCAUUCAGGAUAUGUAUGUGCUGUGUAAAAUCUUUGAGAAAGAGGGUGCAGGGCCGAAAAAUGGUGCACAAUAUGGCGCACCGUUUAAUGAAGAGGAGUGGGAUGAUGAUGUGGCAAGCUGUUCUGGGCCCACAAACAAGCCGGAUUAUAAGCAGAAGGGCCCACUCACCCUGUCUUUAACUGAACAAGGUUCAUCUACAGUCACAUAUUCUGCAAAUGAGACUGUAAAUUACAAGCAGAAAGGUCCAGCAGUUACAAUCAGCAAGACUUUACCUCAAAGUACAUGUACCCUAACUGAACCAGGCCCAUCUUCUUCUGCAAAUGCAAUUGAUACACCUGGCAAUGAUGAUGAUGUCAUGCUUUAUGAAGACCUUGCCUCAAUUUUGGGGGUGCCUACUGGUGGCCUUAAUAGCAACAACAAAGACAAGGGGGUUGAAGUCAAAGGCGUGGGACCCAAUGAAAAUGAAGGUAUUUUUGGUGACUUGGUGAACUUGGUUAAUCUGGAUGACUUUGUAGGAGCUGAAUUAAAUAGGUUUGAGACUGAUGGAGGGGAGUACACACUGGGCAUGAUGAUGGGAGCUGAUGAUCUUGAUGUUGAUCUGGGAAGAUUUUGUGUUGAUUGAAGGGAUGGUUUUUGGAUGAUGUUGGAAACUUAGCUACUUGUGCUGAUGAUGAUUCCUAAUCCUGACUGAAGCUGUUUUUGUAAUUUGGUGGCCAAUGUAUGACUCUGACUAUUUGGCCUAAUUUAUGGCUUUAAAUUUGCUGGAUUCUUUGUAUAUUUUGGAUUUCCUGAAUAAAUUUGUUUGUUUCUAUUAGUAUGAUGUUUGGUUGAGACCUAUAAGUUAUUGAGAACGUGAAGAGAUUUCCUUUUAAGGAUAAUUCAAAUCUGAAGGGAUAUUUUGGCAAUUUUCAAUGAUUCUGCAAUACCCUCUGCAAACUUGUUCUUCGGGAUUGGAUCUUCAAAGAGUGAAUGGCAAAGAAGCUUCUGCGCAGUGAAAACGAAUAUCUGAAAUCUUACCCUUUUAAAUAUGUCAGAGUCAUUUUCUCAUGUUUUAUUACUCUAAAUACGAUUAUUAGCUAAGAUAUGUUAUUACGUCACCAAUUUUAUAUAAGUUCUAUUAAAUUGAUCUAGG